UUUGCUCUUCCCCCCUCCCUGGUAUUCUACUAGGGGGGCUAACUUUCAGAUUCUACAAAAAUGAAGUACGUUCUGGUUUCAGGAGGUGUCAUCUCCGGUGUUGGCAAGGGCAUUAUUGCCUCCAGCUGUGGGUUGCUCUUCAAGACGGCGGGUUUGACUGUCUCCUCCAUCAAGAUUGAUCCCUACUUAAAUAUUGAUGCUGGUCUUAUGAACCCUCUUGAACACGGUGAAGUGUUCGUCUGCGACGACGGUGCGGAAACAGAUCUCGAUCUCGGCAACUACGAGCGCUAUCUUGGCGUUACCCUUGGUGGUGACAACAAUAUCACUACCGGCAAGAUCUACCACCAUGUUAUCACCAAGGAACGUCGUGGAGAUUACCUUGGAAAGACUGUACAGAUCGUUCCCCACCUGACAAAUGAAAUCCAAAAUUGGGUUGAGAGGGUCGCCAAGGUUUCUGUUGAUGAAUCUGGAAGGGAGCCUGACGUCUGUAUCAUCGAAUUGGGCGGUACCGUUGGAGACAUCGAGAGCGCACCAUUCAUUGAGGCCAUGGCCCAGCUCCAGAGACGGGUUGGGAAGGACAACUUCCUUCAGAUUCAGGUCAGCUAUGUUCCUCUGAUUGGGUCAGAGCAGAAGACCAAGCCUACUCAGAGGGCCAUCAGUGAUGUCCGUAGUGCUGGCCUCAGACCGGAUAUCAUUGCAUGCCGUUGUGAGACACCUCUUGAGGAGGCAACCAUUCAAAAGAUUGCCAAUUCUUGCCAAGUGGAACGGAACCAGGUUGUUGGAGUACACAACGUCUCAACUACAUAUCAGGUUCCCAUCCUUCUCGCACAACAGGGCUUCCUCGCUACUCUCAGCGAUCUCCUUAAGACUGAUGUUAUCCAGAAGGAUCCCAAGCUUGUUGACGAUGGGAAGCUAAUCUGGCAGGAAUGGCAGGGCCUGGCUAUGAACCAGGUGCAUUCCCUUGAGACUGUAACGAUUGCCUUAGUGGGCAAGUACACAAGCUUGCAUGAUUCUUAUAUGAGUGUGAGCAAGGCGCUGGAACAUGCGUCUAUGCAUUGCCGUAAGAAGUUGAAUCUGAUCUGGAUUGAAUCAACUCAUCUCGAAGAAGAGCACAAGACGAACAAUCCUGCGGAAUACUACUCCGCAUGGCAUAACCUGACCACUGCCAGCGGAGUUCUUGUCCCCGGUGGAUUUGGUGAAAGAGGUACGACCGGUAUGGUUCUGAGUGCUCAAUGGGCCCGUGAAAAUAACGUCCCUUACCUGGGCAUUUGCCUUGGUAUGCAAUUGGCUGUUGUCGAAUAUGCCCGCCAUGUGUGUGGCAUGGAUAAGGCAAGCAGUGCCGAGUUCGAUGAGACAUGUGAGCAGCCCGUCAUCAUCUAUAUGCCCGAGAUCGAUAAGACCAAGAUGGGUGGUACGAUGCGACUUGGAAAGCGCGCGACUGUGUUCCAAUCUGGCACCGAAUGGUCUCGUCUGCGAAAGCUGUACGGGGAGAAGAAGGAAAUCUGGGAGAGACACCGUCAUCGGUAUGAGGUGAACCCUGGGCUUAUCGAUCAGCUAGAGAAGGGUGGGUUAUCCUUCAUUGGAAAGGAUGAGACCGGCGAGCGUAUGGAAGUCAUUGAGUUGAAGGACCAUAAGUGGUACGUCGGGGUUCAGUUCCAUCCUGAGUACCUGAGCCGUGUCCUGGCACCUAGCAAGACCUUCUUGGGCUUCUUUGCGGCUGCCGCCGGAUGCCUCGAAGAGAUCACUGAGGCCUACAAGGAUCGUCACGAUCUCAGUCACAAAAUCCCUCUGGUUUAGGAUCGGUGUUUUGUUCUUUUUAGGGAUUGAGGUUACAGAAAAAAGGAAAUAUCAUACCAUUUAUAGACAUAGUACAGCGAAAUAAAAUUUAUUAAAUGAAGCUUCUGUUCAUU